CCUCCCCGUCCCUCUCCCACAAAGUUCAGUGCAUCCCUAUUUUUUGUGCAGCUGCAGAAUCGGGGGGGAAAGGCAGGCUUAUUAAAUGCAUUUAAUGAGACAGUGUUUGCAUCAGUAUUUGCAAUAGUCAUUCAGAACCACUCACUAAUUUCCAGCCACAUCUCCAAAUAACUCCUCCUCUUUCAAACGCUGGUGCUGUAUUUUUGCUUCAUUCUGCAGCAGCUCUUUGCUCUGUGUGUUUUCUUUCUCUCUCUCUCUCCCCCCACACCACCUCCUCCUCCUUGAUUUUUUUCCCAAUUUACAAUUUUGUUGAUCUUUUUAAUUUUCUUCCCACCUCCCCCACCCCCUCCAGUACCACAGAGAAUGUCGCGGGGUCUGUGAAAGGGUCAGAAAUGUGGCCACAUCUCGCUCCAGGAGCAACGGGCUUCAGCAAUGUCAUCUACCUGACUGGAAUAUAAAGUCGCUUUUCUCUCUCUCUCUCUCUCUCUCUCUCUCUCUCUCUCGCCCUCUCUCUCGCUCUCUCUCUCUGCUGAUUUCAAGUGGUCUUCUUGCAGAUAGACAUCAUGAAUACCUGGCUGAUCGUUGCGGUUCUGCUGCCUCUGGCUGACGGCUUUCAUCUGGAAUGCAUCCGACACGAAAGAGAGCGAUGCAUGAGCAAACUGAGAGAGGAAGAUCAAACCGCCUUUGACUGCCCCGGGAUGUGGGACAACAUAACCUGCUGGCCGAACGCGGAUUACGGAGACGUCAUUUCCGUCACCUGCCCGGGAAUCUUCAUGAUGAUUAACACCAUUGAUGCUUUAGGCAUCAUCUACAGGAACUGUACCUACGAGGGCUGGUCAGAAACAUUCCCCCAUUACUACGACGCGUGUGGUGUCGAUGAAAAUAUCACAGAGUUUGAAGAUCAGGAUCCAUACUAUGUGUCCGUCAAGGCUCUCUACACGGUCGGCUACAGCACCUCUCUGGUUUCCUUGGUGAUCGCCAUGAUUAUACUCUGCCGGUUUAGGAAGCUGCAUUGUACCCGGAACUACAUCCACAUGAACCUGUUUGUCUCCUUCAUCCUGCGCGCCAUAUCCGUCUUCAUCAAGGACGCCAUUUUGUACGCGGAAGACGAGGUCUACCAUUGCUCCAUCAGCUCGGUGCAAUGCAAGGCCAUGAUGGUCUUCUUUCAUUACUGCGUGAUGUCCAACUAUUUCUGGCUGUUCAUCGAGGGGCUCUACCUCUUCACCCUGCUGGUCGAGACCUUCUUUCCCGAGCGCCGAUACUUCUACUGGUACAUCCUCAUUGGAUGGGGAACUCCCACUAUUUGCGUUACGAUCUGGACUGUACUGCGCCUUCACUUUGAUGACUCUGGCUGCUGGGACACCAAUGAGCACCGGGCCCUGUGGUGGGUAAUUAAAGGGCCAGUCAUCGCGUCUAUCAUGGUGAACUUCAUCCUCUUCAUUGGGAUCAUCUUCAUCCUCGUGCAGAAGCUCCAGUCCCCAGACAUGGGAGGCAACGAGUCCAGCAUCUACUUCUGUGUCCAGAAAUGCUACUGUAAACCUCAGAGAGAUAACCAUGUUUGCAAGAUGUCAGAACUGUCCUGCAUUACCUUGAGACUGGCCAGAUCGACCCUCCUUCUCAUCCCGCUGUUUGGGAUUCACUACACGGUGUUUGCCUUUUACCCCGAAGAUGUUAAUACCCGGGAACGGCUGGUGUUUGAACUGGGAUUGGGAUCUUUCCAGGGCUUUGUGGUGGCAGUUCUGUAUUGUUUCCUCAACGGAGAGGUGCAGUCCGAGAUCAAGAGAAAAUGGAGGAGCUGGAAGGUGAACCGGUAUUUUGCUGUUGACUUCAAGCACCGCCACCCCUCCCUGGCCAGUAGCGGGGUCAACGGAGGGACGCAGCUCUCCGUCCUUAGUAAGAGCAGCUCCCAAAUCCGCAUGUCCAGUGUCAACGCUGAAAAUCUGGCCACAUGAAGCCACCAAGGCCGCCACCUCCUCCGAUCCGAUCUGUCCCCACCUUAAGCCGUAAGGCCAACCUGUUCCCCCUCCCUCUGUUUGGGAGGAAGAGUUGUGAUCGCAUGGAACCAUUUAAUCCUCUUUACAUUGAGGUGGAUUCUGGGCUGUCCAGCAUCCUUUGGUUAACUGAGUCCCUUCUGCUUGUUCUCUUCCCUCCUCUCACAUCCCAGUCUCUAUUAAUUCCCCCAAAAAAGACAUUUGCGAACAGAAUAAUAACUCAAUGUCGUGGAGUGGGACUGAGACUCCAGCGUGUUUUUUCGAUUUGGAGUUGGCUCCCUUGGCGGCGUGGGGAGCUCCUUCUUCCCGCCCCGAGUGACAAACUUUUGAUAGGGUUUGGUGGCACGGGACUUGACGUUUGCUACACGCUACGGUAGGAGUUCCAUCGCUUGCUGCGUGUCCCAGAAACCCCCCCCCUCCCCCCCCCCCCCCCUGAGGUGGGUUGCCGAGGAGUUGCCGGGCCUAUUUCCCCUGGUUGCCUCGGUCUCUGAGGGGUUGAGACUUUCCACCGCCAUUGUCCCCCAACUCCAUUGCCCACCGAAGCCAAGACCUUCGACCUCUCUCGAAGGGUGGGCACCCCGCCCGGCCACGACAUGGCCCUAUGUGAUGAUGUAAUUCUCCACGGUGACAUGGCCCUUUAUGAUGGCAUGUGGCACCUGUACGACGUCACAUGGCCUUAUUAGGUGACAUGUGGCCCUUUAAGAUUUCAUGUGACCUACCCUUUGCAAUGACCUGCGGCCCUUUAAGAUGUCAUGUGACCAUUUGUGUUGGCAUAUGGCCCUUUCAGCUGUCACGUGACCGUAACCUAGUGACAUGUGUCCCUUUAUGAUACCCCGCAGUCCUUAACGAUGUCACGUGACCUUACCCCAGUGAUAUGUGACCCUUUGUGAUGACGUGUUCCUUAAAGAUGCUAUGUGACCUUAACCUAGUGACAUGUGACCUUUUGUGAUGGCAUACGGCCCUUAAAGAUGUCACAUGACCUUAACCUCGGCGACAUGUGCUGACAUGCGGCCCUUAAAGAUGUCAUGUGACCUGACCCCGGUGACACGUGACCUUUCAUGAUGUGAUGCAGCCCUUAAUGAUGUCAUGCAACCUUAACCCAGUGUCAUGUGACCCCUCCCCCCCCCCCCCCCCCACUGUUGUGAUGACAUGCGGCUCUUUAUGACGCCAUGUGGCCUUACAUGGUAACACGUGGUCCCAUAUGAAAAGAGUUGGGACUUGGCGGGGAUACGAGGCCUAAUGUGGUGACACACAGCUCUUUACAAGGACCUGCGGCCCUUGACAAUGACACGUGGCAUUCUAUGGACAACAGCGUAGAGAAGAACGAUCUCCAGGCCAUUCUUGCAACUUGUCUUAUCCUUGAUGUGGUGUUUGUUGUGAGCUUCACCACAGAAAUGUCGCUCGGUGCAAAAACAAAAAAAAAUGGACGCCUCUUAGGUUGCCCGAGCAGGUUCAGCCCUCAAGCCUGCCUCGUUGUCCAAGCCCAGCACUUUGUCAACCAAAACACAUUUUGCAGAUAAAGAGGUUAAAAUGUUCCCUCUUGAAAUGGGCAAAAAGGGACAAGAUUCCAGUGUACCGCUUCACUGCCUAGAAGCAGCAGAUUGCUAUGGAGAGCGAGAGAGAGAGAGAGAGAGAGUGAGACCUUUACGAAAUCAAAGCACUUUGCUUUCUUGUAAUGAAAGCUAUUUCUUCCUCCUUGGUUUAAUUGCUGUAUCGAGGCUGUCAAGUUGAUGGUUCAAACGUUACUCAGUGACAUCCUUCUGGAUGUGUAAAGGCUCCGCAAAUUCACACCAGGAAUGGGGAUUGAGUUAUUAUUCCUCCUUGUGCCUCCAUUGGCAUAAUCUAAAUUAAACUCUGGAGGUCAGACUUGGGAGUACAUUCUUAUAUUCCUCCUUGAACCUACCCUGAUAUCUCCAAAAUACAUAUGCACAAGCCUUCUGCUACCCCAUCCAUCCCGGGGGUCUUUUUGAUGUUGUGCCGAAGGGUAUGAAGACCCCAUAGCUCUCCCUAAGCGGUGGGGGGGGGGGGGGGAUUCCACAUUUGAAAGCAGUAUAAAAUGGAACAAAGCCGUCCGCUGUGUACUGUUGACCGUUGUCAUGUGAGUAUGUUAUUACAUGUCACGUGAAUGCAGAAAUAUUGGCCGUUGUGAAGUAACGUCCAUUUUGACCAGAAAUUGUAUCGUUGCGUCUUUGUCGUUGCAAAAAAAAAGAA